CCAGGACAGGACAUGGCUGAAGAGGCCACCUGCUCCAUCUGCCUGGACCUCCUGAAGGAGCCGGUGACCAUAGACUGUGGACACAACUUCUGCCAAGUCUGCAUCACCCGAUACUGCGAGGACCAUGUCGAUGACUCAGAUGAGCCUGUCCCCUGUCCCAGCUGCAGAGCAGAGUUUCAGAGAGGGAGCUUCCCGCUCAACACUCAGCUCAAAAACCUGGUGCAGAAGAUUAAAGAGCAGAGUGUGAAACCAGGAAAGGAGCAGAUGGAGAAUCAGUGUGUGGAGCACGAGGAGAAACUCAAGCUCUUCUGUGAGGAGGAUGGAAAUGCCAUCUGUCUGAUCUGCAGGGAGUCCCUGGCUCACCACAGUCACACAGUGCUCCCCAUCCAGGAGGCUGCCAACAAUUACCAGAUACAUCACAAGCAGGGCCAAGGAGGUGAUCCUCGCCAUCUAUGUGACACUGGUCAGGCCGCAGUUGGAGUACUGUGUCCAGUUCUGGGCUCCGCAACUCAGGAGGGAUGUGGCCAGCAUCGAGAGGGUCCAGAGGAGGGCCACUCGCAUGACCAGGGGGCAGCGGGGCAGGCCCUCCAAGGAUAGACUAAAGGGCCUGAAUCUAUUCAGCCUCCACAAGAGAAGACUGAAAGGGGACCUGGUGGCCAUCUAUAAACUCACCAGGGGGGACCAGCGGAAAAUAGCUGAUGCUCUGUUCCCUCAAGCACCACCCAGGAUAGCAAGGAAUAACUGCCACAAAUUGAUCAAGAGCAGGUUCAGCUUGGAUAUCAGGAGGUAUUUCUUUAUGGUUAGGGCUGCCAGACUCUGGAAUGGGCUCCCAAGGGAGGUGGGGCUCUCCCCUACCUUGCGGGUCUUCAAGAGGAGGUUGGACAGAUAUCUGGCUGGGGUAUUAUGAUCCCAGCACUCGUUCCUGCCCAGGGCAGGGGGUCAGACUUGAUGAUCUGUUCAGGUCCCUUCUGACCUGAAACUAUAAGAUCUUCAACAGAAAACUUAAGUUGAUGAGGAAUAGCUCUUGGGCUUCCCUUUAGCUUGCUGCUUUGGCCUUUUGGAAAAAUGAAAUUAGUGGGCACCUGAACUCCAAGGCCUCUGGGCUUGUGGCUUGCACAUAGGAUGCUUGCCAUGGAUUUGGCAUUAUCUGAAGCCCCAACCUGAAGUGUCUGCAAGGGAGAGUACUUGCUGGUGGUAGCACCACAUGGCCAUGAAUGAUUGAGCUCUGCUUAGUUGAUAGGAUUGAGAAAUGAUUUGGCCAAAGAGAUAACAUUUAAAAAAAGAAAUACAUUUUGUUUAGUGCAAAGUGUGGAGAAAUAACCCAGCCCCCAGCCCCC